AGCAGCAAAGAUUACACGGUGAGGAUUUGCCGGAAAGAAACAAUCUCAGCCGCACUUCCAUUACAGGAGCAUUGGCUCUCUCUCUCUAACCUCGACCUUCUCCUUCCUCCGUUGGACGUCGGAGUGUUCUUCAUAUACGCGAAGCCCCCAUUAGAGAGCUCCGCUUCUACCUUCGCUUCUCUGGUCAACGUUCUGAAGGCCUCCCUCGCAAAGUCUUUGGUGACUUACUAUCCGUUUGCCGGCGAGGUGGUGAGCAAUUCCAUGGGAGAGCCGGAGCUGCUUUGUAAUAAUCGCGGUGUGGAGUUCAUUGAAGCGUUUGCGGACGUUGAGAUUGCAGAGCUUGAUUUUCAUAACGCGGAUCGGAGCUUUGAGGGGAAGCUUGUGCCCAGGAAGAAGGGCGGCGUGCUCACCGUUCAGGCGACAGAGAUGAAGUGUGGUGGAAUGGUAUUGGGCUGCACCUUCGACCAUCGCAUAUCAGAUGCAUACUCCUUCAACAUGUUCCUUGUCAGCUGGUCGGAGAUCUCUUCCGGCAAACAAAUCUCAACCAUCCCCUCCUUCCGCCGCUCGCUUCUCAGCCCUCGUCGUCCCGGACAUUUCGAUGCUUCAUUCAACCGAUUCUACAUCCCCUCUUCUCAGCUUCCACCGCUCACAAAAUCUUCAGAAAGCAUUAAUCGCAUUUACUACAUCACCGCGGCAAACAUCGAUCGAAUACAAGAAAUGGUAACCGAUGGGGGGCCGCGGAGGACGAAGCUGGAGGCAUUCACGGCUUAUUUGUGGAAAUUAGCAGGGCGGCAAGCAGGUAAGCAUGUAAGCCAUAUGGGAUUGGUGGUUGAUGGGCGUAAACGAUUAGGUUUGGCAAUGGAUGCUUAUUUCGGGAAUGUGUUGUCGAUUCCUUAUGCGUCGAUGGAGGUGGGGGAGAUGGAGGUGAAGGAGAUCGGCGAAGUGGUGCAUGGUGUGGUUGAGGCGGCGGCGAGGGAAGAGCAUUUCAGAGGAUUGGUGGAUUGGGUGGAGGUCAGGAGGCCGGAGGCGGCGGUGGCUAGGGUUUAUGUGGAGGAAGGGAUGUCGGUAGUGGUGUCGUCGGGAAGGGGGUUUCCGGUGGGGGAGUUGGAGUUUGGUUGGGGGAAGGCUUUGUUCGGAUCGUACCAUUUUCCAUGGAAGGGGAAUGCAGGGUAUGUGAUGCCGAUGAUGAGUGGGAGGGGAGAUGGGGAUUGGGUGGUUUAUGCACAUCUGUGCAGAGAGAUUGUGGAAAUUAUAGAAGACAACUCAGAUGGGUUUUUUGAGCCGCUUACUGUUGACUAUUUGGGGAUUAAAGGAAAUGUUAACAGAUUGGGGGAGAAGAUUAUUGGGUUUAUGUUAAAUUGAGAUAUUAUGUUUCUGUCCGGUGGUUUUAUGUCAGAUGUAAGUUGCAACUUGUGUUAUCUAUCAGUCUCAUGAAGCUUAUAACUUUGAUGUGUUUGUUUCUUUUUGGUUUGGGCUUUCAAGUGUUGAACGUGUUUGAAAUGUAAUUUUUAAAACUUUUUUUUUUAAAUGAUGCAUAUAGCAUUAAUUAAAGCAAAGAAUACAAAACGUAUGCCAC